UAUGUAAAGAAACAUCUGCUAACAUAUCUAUCUUAACGUGCGUCACUCUAUCUAUGAGAAGAUCUCCUUUGAAGAUGCGAGAUAAAGGAGACAAAAUAGAAAGGAGGAUCGGUGUGGGAAGGAGAGAAGGGGAACACUGUGGAACACAGAGGAACAGAGCUUCCAGGCCCAACGACAAAAGGCAGAGAGGAACGCAACGCAAAAGAGAGAGAGAGGAAGAAAGAAGAGCUGCCUGCUUUGGAACAAGGUGGAUCGUGGAACAGUUAGUCGUCUGGCAGUGGCAGGAUUCGAAACUUGUGUAUAUACCUUUGAUCUCAUGCCAAGGAUGUGAGCUAGAGACACUCCUUAAUAUCUCUACAACGACCGUGUUCCAUCAUGUGUCCAACAUGUUCUAUUGAGAUCCAAGCUCCUGGCGGCGAGUCGAAAUGUUGAGUACCUUGGAAUUUGAUCUCUUGGGGGAUCCUUGGCCGCAAGGAUCUCUCGCAGCCAAUCUGGAACCCUACAUCCGAAGUCGGUCGGGAAAUGUUUUGAUCGAUGUGGGUGGGAUCGUCCAUCAUGUGAGGAUUGAAAACUUUGUGGGAUCCGUUCUCCCGAGUUCCAGAUUGGGUCGACUGUUCCGUGCCACCACCAAAGAGGAAGUGUUCGAUCUCUGCGAUCACUUUUCCGAAGGAGACCCGCCCACCGUGUUCUAUGACCGCAAUUCCUCCGGGUUCAAUACCGUUCUGGACAUCUAUCGUACCGGGAAGCUACACUUCACAGAGAAAAGCUGUGCAUUGGUGAUGAAACAAGAUUUUGACUUCUGGGGCAUUGACGAGAUGCUUCUCGAGCCUUGUUGUGCUCUCAAGUAUUAUCCAGAAAUGGAGGUGUGUUCCAAGGAGCAAGAAGGAGAGCUCCAAGCCCGUCAAUUAGAGCAACAACGCGCUCUGGAUGAGGAUUUCGGGGAUCACUGCCUUGGUCGGAUCCGAUCCAAAUUAUGGAACCUGACCGAGUAUCCCGAAUCCGGGAUCGAUGCCCAAAUUUCGGCCUUCUUCUCGCUCUUUGUGGUGGUGGUGUCCACUGGCACAUUUGUAUUGGGAACCUUGGAGGAGUUCCAAGAGCCAGAGGAUGGCAAUUAUGACGAUGGUGUGGAACGCUACGAGACGAUUAUUGUGAUCUUGAGCAUUAUCGACACCGUGUGUGUCACCUACUUCACAUUGGAGUAUGUAAUUCGGUUCCUGUGCGCCCCCAGGAAACUGCACUUCCUGGUUCAACCCAUGAACCUGGUCGACGUAUUCGCCAUUAUCCCCUAUUUCCUGACCAUUUUUCUUCACCAACUCGAAGACAUUCAAAUCAUCGGCAAGGCGGGCAAGAUCGUACGAUUAGUGCGGAUAAUGCGGAUCCUGCGUGUUUUCAAGUUGGUCCGACAUUUUGCCGGCCUUCAAUCCUUGAUCCACACCAUGCAUCAGGCCUACAAAGAGUUGGGCCUUCUUCUAUUCCUGAUUAGUGUGACAGUGCUAACUGUGUCGUGUUUAGUGUAUUUCGCCGAACGGGACGAAGGGGUUUGGUCGUUUGUGGACUCGUUCUGGUUUGCCCUCAUGACCCUGACCACGGUCGGAUACGACCUCAAUCCGAGAACCAUGUUGGGAAAAGUCACCGGAGGUUUCUGCGCCCUACUAGGGGUCUUUAUCCUUACCCUUCCUAUCCCAAUCGUGGUGAACAGCUUCGCUUCCUACUAUAAAAACCGAUUGUGGCGUAACGAAGUAGCCGUAAAGAAGCGAGAUCGCAUUCGAAAAGCCACCGUCAGUAGGGACCCUUCCGAGAACCUUUUCAUUCCAGGAACUGUGCCGAAUUCAGCCUUGGACCUUGGCAUUGAGAUGAAGGCAUUGAACCCCAUGGUUUGAAAGGAAAAGGGAUUGAAGACACGAAAACAUAUCAAAACAGCAAAGCUCUCUCUCUCAUUCUCUCUCAACUCAAUCCAAAAAGACGUGUAUAGCAUGUUCUAAGUUAAAAUAUAGAUCGAAUGUCUCAAAUGUUCAACUCAA